CCUCCUGCUGCCUGCUUGUGGAGCAGCUGCUGCAGCACAGCGGCCUCGACCCACGGCGCUGAGCACCCUGCUGCAGGAGGCUGCGCUCGGCCAUGGGGCAGAAGUGCAUGGACAAGGUGUCCUCCUUCCUCUUCGAGUAUGACACCCCCAGGAUGGUGCUGGUGAGGAACAAGAAGGUGGGACUGACCUUCCGGCUGAUCCAGCUCCUGGUGCUGGCGUACAUCAUCGGGUGGGUGUUCCUCUAUGAGAAGGGCUACCAGUCCCAGGACAGCAUCGUCAGCUCCGUCUCGGUGAAGCUGAAGGGGCUGACACUGACCAACGAGAGUGUCGUGGGGCCUCACAUCUGGGACGUGGUGGACUAUGUCUUCCCACCUCAGGGGGACAACUCAUUUGUGGUGAUGACCAACUUCAUUGUCACCCCCGGACAGAAGCAAGGAACCUGCCCAGAGCUGCCGGACGCGGGGCGCUGCGCGCAGGACAGCGACUGCAGCCGCGGGAGGUACAGCCGCCAGGGACAAGGGCUCAUGACAGGCAAGUGUGUGCACUUCAACAGCUCUGUGAAGACCUGUGAGAUCUUUGGCUGGUGCCCUGUUGAAGUUGAUGACCAUGUUCCCAGCCCUGCCUUGUUGUCAGAAGCAGAGAAGUUCACCUUGUUCAUCAAGAACAGCAUCACCUUCCCCAGGUUCAAGGUGUCCAGGCGCAACUUGGUGGAGAGUGUCACCAGGCAGUACCUGAAGAAGUGCACCUACCACAGGGUCACUGAUGCCCUAUGUCCUGUCUUUGAGCUGGGCUACAUCGUCAGGGAGUCAGGCCAGAACUUCACCUUCCUGGCUGUUAAGGGCGGAGUGGUUGGCAUCACCAUAGACUGGAACUGCGACCUGGACUGGCCUGUGCGCCACUGCAAGCCUCUCUACCAGUUCCACGGGCUCUACAACGACGACAGCAACGUCUCACCAGGCUUCAACUUCAGAUAUGCCAAGUACUACAGGGAGGAAGGCAAGGAAAAGAGGACUCUCUACAAGGUGUUUGGGAUCCGCUUCGACAUUCUGGUGAACGGCAAGGCAGGCAAAUUUGACAUCAUCCCAACCAUGACCACCAUUGGCUCUGGAAUUGGCAUUUUUGGAGUGGCCUCUGUCCUCUGUGACCUGCUCCUGCUGCACUUCCUCCAAGGCCGAGACUACUACAAGCAGAAGAAGUUCAAAUAUGCAGAACCGGAGCCUUCCAAGUCGCACAAGAAGGAGAAGGAGCUGGACAGCACCCAGUGAGAGCAUCCACACUGAUCAACAACCCUGCACCCUCUUGCCUCUCCUCCUCUCCUAAAGCAAGGAUGUCAUCCCCUGUCGCCACCCUAUGCAGCCCCAAGGCCAGCAGAGGCAGCGUCCAGCUCAUGGCAAUGC